UCCUGAACUAUGGACUCUGAACUAUGUUUCUGAUCAUUUUGCAAACUUUCUGUAAACAAUAAACAACACGGUGUACAAUGAUUUGUAUUUUACUUGUUGCAGGUCAUGGUACUGUUUUAGAGACGCAAAUUAAGAAUGAUGUCACCGGCUUGUACGCACACCUAGCCGGGGUGCCAAAAGCAUUGCUACCUGGUGUUGGGGGAAAGAAAAUCCUUGAUUUCUGGUGGGAAACAGUCAACACGCGACAACUCUUCAGUGAAGUUUAUUUAGUCACAAAUGCAGAUAAGUACAAACAUUAUGAGCGGUGGGCAACUGCCAAUGACUUUCCAGUGGAGAAUGUGGUGAAUGAUGGUAGCACCACUUUGGAGGAUCGGCUUGGGGCCGUCACUGACUUGGAGCUAGCCAUCCGAAGCCGUCACAUUCAAGAUGACAUCAUGGUGAUUGCAGGAGACAUGCUUUGUUCUGACCAGAACUUUGACAUUGCUCAAGUUAUUCGUUUUUUUAGGUCCAAGUCUGGAGAGCUGGCUAUAUAUUAUGAGCUGGAAGAAGGGGAGAAAUGUUACACCAGAGGCAUUGUAGAAGUAUGUUCAGAAUCUCAUAGGAUCAAACGUUUCCUUGAGAAGCCACAGGAGGGCGUCACGGCAUCUCGUCUGGCCAGUGUGGUCUUCUACUGCCUCCGCAAAGAGACGCUAUCUUACCUCUCAGACUUCCUGCUCAAGCAGCCGGAUGUGGAAUCCAGGACGUUUGGCAGGUUGUGGGAAUGGCUUAUAAAUGAAGAACAAUUGUCUGUGUAUGGAAUGAAGUUACCUACAGGGUUCCAGUUAAUUGGACAAGUGGGUCUGUGCGACUACACAAAAUGGCUUGCACACUACUCAACUAAACAGCAAGAGGUUCCAGUCAAACCCAUCACCUUCCGCUCUUAUGCCAGGGUAGGACUGAUGGGAAAUCCUUCUGACGGCUUCAACGGCAAAACCAUUGCUAUGACCAUUUCUAACUUCUGGGCCGAAGUGACACUAAUAGAAAGCCAAUCUCUGGUCCUCCUUCCUCAUCCACUGAAUGAUCCCACCGAGUUCGGCAGCCUACAGGAUCUGUUUCGCAUCAGCCACAAAGAAGGGUAUUUGGGAGGUCUGAGGCUGUUACAGGCCACCUGUAAGAAGUUUUAUCAGUUCUGCUCAAAUCAAGGCAUCGCUCUUACCAAGCAGAAUUUCACUCUAAAGUACGACACCAACAUUCCACGGCAGGUGGGCCUCGCUGGCAGUAGUGCAAUUGUGUCUGCUACCUUGAAGUGCCUGAUGAAAUUUUAUAACCUCACUGAAGAUGAUCUUCCGAAAGCAGUCCGAGCCAACUUUAUACUGAAUGUGGAGACGGAUGAGCUGUUUAUCACAGCCGGGUUGCAGGACAGAGUGGUACAGGUGUAUGAGGGUUUGGUGUACAUGGACUUUAACAAGCAGCUAAUGGACAAGCAAGGUUAUGGUGAGUACAUCUCUAUGGAUAUGAGCAGUCUUCCCACGUUUUGGUUAGCUUACUUGGGGGAUCCAAGUGACUCUGGCCGCAUUCACAGCAAUGUGAGAGAGCGCUGGUUGAAGGGUGAACCUGAAGUGGUGGAAGCCAUGAAACGCUUUGCUGUGCUCACAGAUCAGGCCAGGGAAGCCUUCGAAUCUAAGGACUGGCCUAGACUGGCCCAGCUUAUGGAUGAAAACUUUGAACUGAGACGGUCUGUUUACACUGAAGCCUGUUUGGGCUCAGGAAAUCUCAGAAUGGUACAAAUGGCGAGACAGUUUGGCUCUGCUGUGAAAUUACCUGGCAGCGGUGGUGCUGUUGUGGGCCUGUGUAUGGAUCCUAACCGAUUGGUGGAGAUGAAGAGAGCAUUCCAGGAGGCUGGCUAUGUUUUCUGCCUCGUUGUACCCCACAGUCCAUCUUAAUGCGUGGUAUAGAAGUAAUUUUCUUAUCAACAGUAUACAACGUAUCACAAAUUUGAUCGCAUUUCUGUGCCUACACACUCUGGUUCCAGUUUCCACUGUGGCAUGUGGACAGUGUAACCCUGGCCACAUAUACGAGUCACUGAGCUCCUGUUGCUGUGUGUUUCAGGCAGCACAAACAAUUGUCUAUUUAAAGUGCUAUCAAUGCCAGCAUUGUACACCCUUCCUGUCCCUGUGUCUCAGUACAAUAAUGGCCACAGACUCAUAACCAAAAUAUUUGUUGUAAGGAGUGUAAUGUAUUCUGUAUGAAAACAGUCAUGUAU